UUCUCUCUCCCAACGCCGGCUUCCAUCGGCCGGGAAACGAUCGCCGACGAUCGCCGGAGAUGAGUCUUGAUGGGAUCGAUGAAUGGGAUGAGAACUUCUUGGAUGAAGCCAUCCGCGUCGAGCUCGAGGCCAUCUCCUCCCGUAACCUCCCGUCCUCCGAUCCUCUCCGAAACCCUACCACGCCGUUUCGACCAAACCCUCAACCAUUCACUUCGUUAGGUUUCGAUGGCGUUGGUGAAAGUGUGGAUCUAUGUUUCUCGCCGCCCAGGGAGCUCUCUCAGAGGUUCGUGGAGAAACCCCAACCCAGUGUUCUGGUUGAGGAUUGCGAGAUCGUGGAGCAUUGGGUGGGGUUGAGGAAUGGCGCGUGCGAUGGUGGUCGAAUCAAGAAGGAUGGAGAAGCCAAAGAAGUUGAGAAACUGAAGAGAGAAUUGGGGCGUCUAUCCAAGCAGCUUAAUCAUAUGGAACAUGAAUGUGCAGAACUCCAGAAGGACAGAUCAAAGAAGGAUGAGCAACUUAAGUCUGCUUUUUCACAAAUUGAGGCUAAAGAUGCUGAAAUCAAUCGAUUGAGUAAAUCCAAUAUCAAGGCAAUUUCACAGGCUGAGCAGAGAAAAAAUACUAGAUCUUCUGUGAAGGUCAAUAAAACUGUUGAGCCUACAGGAGAAGCCAUUCAGGCUGAUGGAACAUCUUUAGUCUCUGAACUGAAGCGACGUGUGGUAAUUGAUGCAGGUUUGACCACAUCAACUGGACUCCCUUUACAGGAGAAUUCUUUUCAUGAGAAUACUGUUCAAACGAAGUCUAGUAAGGAAAUAGGAGUCCAAACAGACACUGUUCAGCAUUGUGGUCUUACUGCAUUGAAGGAUGAAAAAAUUGGAGCACAUGGUGUCUCUAGCAAGCUGUGUGCAAUCUGGGGUACUGGAGAUCCUGAAAUGUCUGGACAGAGUUUGGUCUCAAAGUUGUUUAUAACAUGUUCGCUAGAAUUUUCUGUACUCUUCAGGUGCAUGAGUACAGAAUCUCAAAAUACUCUGGACACUCUGCCAGACAAACCUUCUUCUAAUGUAUUAUCAAAUGAUGGAAAGAACUUGAAUCAGCCAGCUGAGAUUACCAAGGUUUCUUGCCUAUAUGCAGUACUAAUGAAGAUUCAUAAGGGCGUAGUUCAGCUGGAUGCUCUAGUCAGCAUUCUACUUGACCUUUGUGACCUUGAAAAUGCUGUUUUUGUCCAUUGUUCUCUGCAUAUUUUGUAUGUCGUUUUGCAACACGUUUUGUCCUGCAAUGCCAGAUAUGACAUAAGGGACAAUAUCUGUAUGGAACAGUGUUCCAGUAGCAGCACUCAUAUGGAGAAAACCAUGAAGCAGAAAAUUCAACUUAUAAACUUUGAUGAAUUUGGAAGUGUGCACAUUGGAAAAAUGGCAUCUGGAAUUCCACUGCACACAGAAGAUUUUGAUUUGGGAUAUUUAUGUAAGACUAGAGGUGGGACUGGGAGUCCCAAUAAAGGCAUGAUUCUUUCUUCUGGAAAAUUGGAUUUCAUUGUUUGAGAAAAUGCAACAAAUUGCUUCUGGGA